UGACAAAGAUUUCCAAAAGUGUGUCUCUUUUCACAUUGUUGAAGGAAAGUGCUUCAUUUCCGCUCAGUUGCCUUUCCAUUCUUUCCCUCUGACGGCGCCUCUUUGCUCCUGCGACUAAGAUCCACACCAAUUUCCCCCCAUUCCAGCAACUUCAUUAUUCCCCCUGAAUAAAAGUGGAUUUUCCGUGGUGGAUUUGCAGUGCGCUAUUUUAGGCUCAGUGCUGGCUCCUACAUGCACCGCUGUAAUCCAAUUGUGAUAGUGUUAAUUUUUAAAGCUUUAUUAUUGAAAUUGCUGAGACCUAAUUUUCUGAUCCCGUCACCGCUGACGACCACAAUAAUCAGCUAAUUCAAGUUAUUCCAGACCAUUAAGUCACACGCAGGGAUUUGACGUGGUCACUGGAGCAGCAUUUAGGAAGAGGGAUGAAAGCAUCUAUACAGUAUAUGUUGGAUGUAAAGCUGUGGGCUUGCAGUCAGAGAAGCAGUUGGUUUGUUUCUUUUAGUGUGUGUGUGCAGAGUGACCCUUGGAGGCAUUUAAAUAGGACUAUAAAGCUCUGAAUGUGUGUGUUUUUAUUUUUUGUUCUGGAUCACAUCAGUAUUUUUAGUUGAGUCAAUGCCUGAACUCCUUUAUGAGUGGCAAUAGAAUACUAAUGUUCUUGUGAAUUGUGUUGCUGUAGCCAUUGUGUGUGUGGGUGCGCGUGUGUGCGCACACACACACAGUGUUACAUUAGACAGGGUCUGGACUCACAAACACUCUUUUUGACUACUUGGUUGCCUGGAAACUCAGCCACAGUCUUUUGAGAGUGAGGUAUAAUAAAAGAAAACAAUUGAAUGUGUGUGUGUGUGUGUGUGUGUGGCCACUGUCUGGGCUACUGGGGGCAGUUUUGAAGACAAAGCUUGGGCUCCAGGAUUCUGCUGAACCUUCUACAGCAAGACGCAGCCAAGGCCAAGGCAGACUAACCAGAGUCUGAGGAUUUGUUUGAACUUUCAGGGCCUCAGAGGUAAAGAGAUUCUGGGACAAUGUUCUGUGGACAACCGUCGCGGACUAAGGUUAUGAACUUGGAUGUUUUGACAGGUGAGCUGUAACCAUGGGGACGAGAAUGGAGGUGGCACGGCUCGAGAGCGCUAUGAACACUGAUGACUACAGAAAGCUCCAGAGCCUUUUCUUGGACCACUUGGGUGCACAGCGCUCCUUGUCCAGAACUGAAUUCAUCAAUUUGGCUUGGUCCUUGGUGGGUCGUGGCUCCAAGGAGGAAUAUGGCCUCCUGUUUGACAGCGUGGUCGUGACUCAGGAGCACCGCGGCCUCCUUCUCUACGGUGAAGCUGUGAAGGAGGAAGGACGUGUCAACUGGGGAGGCCUGUGCUCCUUUCUGCUGCUGGAGCUUUCUGAUAAAGUGACAAACAUCAGGAGCAGCAGUGUGCCUUGCUGGAAGACCCCGCGCACCCUGACCUGUCCUCAUCGGGACCAGGUUCAAAAGGUGUUGUACCUGCAGAGCUCAGGUCAGUAUUUGACCCUGAGUAAAAGGGGAAGUGUAGGGCUGCGGGACAGAGAGGACAUGUCCCUCGUGCACUCACAUCGACUGCAAAACAGCACAGUGGCGCCCAAAGACCUGUGGAUCACAGAUGUGGUGCUGCUGCCAAAUAUUCACAAGAUAGCGGUGUCGUUUACGAGUAAGGAGGUGUGUUUCUAUGACAUACUUUCUAAACAGGACUUCAGCUGCAGAUAUAAACUCCAGGGUUUGAAGUUUACUCCCUGGUGUCUCGACUACUGGGCUGAUCUCUCUCAGCCUGACCAGGCCGUUCUCACCAUAGGAGACAUUGGAGGACAGGUCAGUGCUUUGCACUUCACCUCCACUCAGAUCUCUCUGUUUGAGAGACUCGGAGCGAGGACGGACUCCGAUACAGCAGACAUCAUCCUGUGGGACGAGCUGGUCAAAGGAAAACAUCGCUCCUGUUACACUGUGACGCACCAAGUACACGCACCUGCCUGGGUUAGAAAAGUGCGUUACCUGGGUGCAAUGGGAGCCUUUGUGUCGUGCAGCACCAGACCACAGAGCAGCAUGGUGAUCGGCUGGAGAGAAAAAGAAAGCAGGAGUCUCCGCGUCACUCCUUUCUUCACAAAGCGGGGAGUGUGGGACAUGGACCAUCACUGUGGACUCAAUCUGACAGCCACAGCAGGCAUGGAUCAUCAGGUCUUGCUGUGGAACCCGUAUGUGACCUCCGAGCCGGUGUGUGCACUCAGUGGACACACAAGCCCCGUCCUCGCUGUUUGCUUCAUACAGACCAAGCAACAAUUGCUCAGCUACUCCAAAGAUAAGGUCUUGUGUCUAUGGGAUGUGUCCAGUCAGCAGUGUGUUCACCGUCUGGCUGGUGUCUUCCCAAAGACACAGGAGGACACGCACACUCUCCUGUUCCUCCAUGAAGAGCGUCAUCUCCUUCUGCUCACCUUUAACAGUCUGCUUCUUCUGCUGGAGACUGAGGAGAACGAGGAGAAGAGGACAAGCAGCCAUGAGCAGCCUGUUACAUGUGUGCUGUACAACAGUCUCUUCAGACAGGUCGUCAGCAGUGACGCUGCCUCUUCUGUGAUCUGCUGGCAGGCUGACACAGGCCAAAAGGUCAAGCAGUUCCUUCGUUGCCAUGGCAAUGCUGAGAUAUCCACCAUGGCCCUGGAUGGUACGCAGACCCGGCUGUUUACUGCAGGCACUGACGGAGAGGUCAAAGUGUGGGACUUUAAUGGGCGCUGCCUCCACAGAAUGAAUGCUGGACUGGGUCGGGCUGUGGAGAUCUCACAGGUGCUGCUGCUGAAGAGGAGCAUCCUGGUGAUGGGCUGGGAGAGGAUGCUGACCAUUUUCCGCCUGCACUCCUUCUCGCAGUCAUUUGUUGAGCCCUCAGAUUGGAAGGGUGGUGUUCAACAUCGCAGUGAUGUGCUUUGUGCUGCUUUCCAGCCUCCACAGACUCUGGUCACAGGAAGCUACGACGGGGAGAUCACAGUGUGGAACAAUGACACAGAAAAAGCUCUGAGGAAGCUGCAGCCACGUGCUGACAGGAAGCAACAAGGCGACUCUCCAGACUCUCAUCCGAGUUUGAAUAGCAGAACAGAUUCAGACGCCUUCACUGCCGUCACAAGAUUGUUCUUUAUACCGGGACGCACGUCUGCAGCUACAGGUGGAGCUGACUUGGUGUCAUGUGGAGGUUCAGGUGUGGUCAGGCUCUGGAACACUGUCCACAGCCGUCUUAUGGGACAGUUCAAGGCUCACAGCAGAGACCUGGGAUCUAUUGUCAUGACUAUCAGUCCCUGUGGAAAGUAUUUAGUCACUGCUGAUAGAGAGGGAACAGUCAAGACGUGGGACAUACAGCAUUAUCUACUUGAUCCCAAUCACGAAACAACCAAAGAACCUCCACGUCUGCUGUGUCGUUUCCGUCCACACCUUGAUCGCGUAACUCACCUGGAGACGUGUGUCCAUGGCAACAGGCUCCUCCUUCUCUCUGCGUCAUCAGACUGCAGUGUGGCUCUAAGCCGCCUGCCUGGAGACACUGUUGGUCUGUUUGGACAGGAGGAGCCGUGGUGCUUGGACCGACCUGGACGUCUGCACCCACAGCAGGAUGAGAGAGACAUCAGAGGGAGCGGGCGGGGGUCAACCUCCACCUCCCUGUGAGACUUUAUCAGGACCUAAGACUCAACACCUCAGCAGAGGGAGGAGAGAGGUGGUAAUAAAAGAUGAGAUGGCAGCACUGAACAGAAACUAACCUUUAUCUAUAUUUAAAGAUGAGUCUGCUAAACUUUUCAUGAGUAAAAUAAAGUAUUCACCAACAGCUUUUUUGUUAUUUAAGCUAAAUUCCAUGAAACAUAAGCAGGCUCGUCAUCAUCUCUCAGGCGAUCACAAUACGGCACAAAAAAGAAAUUGCAGCUUUCUCACAAAAAGCGCCCCCGGACGGUGCGGCGAGUCGUCAUUUGUGCUUCCAGCUGUGUGAUUUUCCACUCAGAUCUGUAGAAAACAGAAAGACAUUCAAUGCUAUUUUCUGGGGAAUUAGUAUGUGUGCCUCGUGGUUACAAACUAACCACAGUCAGGGAAACACUGCGGAGUUCUCAAAGUCACCUUCUCUUUCAUUGCCAGUGGAGUAGCUUCAGGCUCGUCACUGAUAUGACACCAGAAAUUACAGAGUUUUGAUUCUCUGUUCGGAGCUUUCUUGAAGUUAAUGCAUCUGUAAACUCAUACAGAACAAAAGAACAGUUUUUGUGAUAAUAAUUAACCGUCAGCCUCAGCCACUGUUUGUGUGUCAUUCGUUUGUCUUCCAGUUUUUGGUUUUUGCCAGUGUCUGUUCCUGAAAAAUGUGAUAUAUUUUAAUGGCAUUAAUAUACCAAAUAGAAUUUCAGAGUCACCGCAACAAAAAAAUCAAUAAGGCAACUUGAGAAUGCUGGGAAUUAUUAAUCCUAUUUCUCAGAUCAACACCUGACUCACUAUAUACACUCUACGGUAUAUUCUGUAUUUGUGAGCAAUGUAAAAGCCAGUGAAUGGACCUUGCAAAAAAAAACCCAAAACACAUUCUGACUUUUGAAGAAAGCACUUUUCUUCAAAAAUAUUUAGUUAGUAUGACAAACUAACUUGGUAAAAAAUAAACAAAUACAUGUCCUAUUAAAAGCUACUAAUUUGUCUGUAGAAAACCACAGGACAGCAGCAAAGAGAUCCCGGGUCUGUUUGCUGCCUCAUAUACACACACGACAACAAAUGAGUUGACAAAUUACACAUUUAUACGAAAACAAUUUCAUAUUACUAGUUCAUUUUAGUUGGAAGUAAUUUAUCUGUGUGUUACCAUUUGAUUUUUUUAAAUGUGUCUAGUAAUUUUCUUUUUCCAGCACAGGUAUAUGAGACAUAGCUCAUGGCUUCGCUUUAUUAAGGCCUGCUCUUUCACAUUAGUGCAUUUAUUACUUCAUAAGUUAGACUCUAAUGUGAGACAAUGAAGGAUUUUUAAGGAGAUUUUUAGGUGAUAGAGUUAAGUGGCACGGGGAAAAAUGUUAUAUAUAAAGUCAGAAGUGUCAUUUAAUAUUAAUCUACUGCGCAGUGGUUUUAAAGGGAUAAUGAAAAUGGUGGAGGUGAAGUAAAGUUAAGAUUUUAGUGUCUCUGAAAGCCCGCGGGCAAGUCACAUUUAUGAAACACAUCCCAACUUUGGAAACACCUGAGAAGUGUAGUGGGGGGAAAUUGCCCACCAGACGUCCACAGGCGUAAUCAAUAGUGACUGUGUGAGUAUGUGUCUGUGCGUGAGAGACAGAGUGUGCACUGUACUGAGCUCAUCAGAAAAGUUUGUGUGGUUGAUUCGGUGGAAGGGCCAAUUGGCAAGUCCACACUGGGCUCGCAGCCAGCUACUGGGCAUGAGGUGAGGAGAAGGAAUGG